ACAGGGUCCCCGGAGCCUCCGAGGUUCCACGGGCCGAUGAAGGUAACGCUGAGGAAGCACAAGCCCAACAGGAAGCCUCGCACGCCCUUCACCACCCAGCAGCUCCUCGCCCUGGAGAAGAAAUUCCGGGAGAAGCAGUACCUGAGUAUCGCCGAGCGGGCCGAGUUCUCCGCCUCCCUCAACCUGACGGAGACGCAGGUCAAGAUCUGGUUCCAGAACCGUCGAGCCAAGGAGAAGAGACUGAAGGAGGCGGAGCUGGAGAGGCUUCGGUUUGCCUCUCGCCCUCCUGCACCAGAACCCUCUCUUACCUCCGGCGUCUCUCAUUCCUCACUUCCUUCUCUCUCAUUCAUUCCCUCACCUCCCGCAGGAGCUACGCCCUCCACAGCCUGGGUUCGCCCCGUCUUCGUCAGGUAGCUAGCGGGAGGUCUGCGGCUGAGAAGCCCCUCCCCUCUCGUUCCUUUUCACUUCUGAGUGGCGUCUCGGUAUUCUCUCAUCUCUCUUUUCUCCCUCUUUCUCUCUACCUACACACCCAGACCUAUCUUCUAUCCAUACUUUACCCCUCAGCCUCUCCCUCCCCUCCUUUCCUCUCUCACUUACCUACUCGAACGCAAACUUUUCCUUCUUUUUUCUCAACCGAUCUUUCACUCCUCUCUCUGCUUCCCUUCUUCAAAAUCUCGUUUCGAGCUGUUCAUCCCAUCCCCCUCCCCCUUCUUUGUUGCCGUUCUUGUUAUGUUCUUUAUUUGUUUUAAUUCCCAUUUCAUCUCUCCUUCACUUCUUUACACCUUAUCUUUUGCCUUUCUUCCUCAUUCUUUCUUGUGUUAUUCCCGCUUUCCCUUUCCUUCAUUUUUUUCCUUUCAUUUUUUUAUCUUUAACUUCUUUUGUUUAUUUCUUACGUCAUUUAUUAGUCUUUUAUUUGAUCCACAUUUCUUACCGCUGCUCAUUUUUUUUCUCCUUCUUCUUAUUUUGUUGACAUUCCUCUUUCUAUCCAUUACUUUUAUCUCUAUUUAUCCCUUUUUUCUUAUUUCCUUUUUUCUUACAUUCUUCCUCACCUCUCUUCUUUUCUCACUUUCCUCCUCUCCCUCUCUCCUUCCUUCGGUACUUUCUAAGGCUCCUAUGGGCUGAGACUGGUCAAAUAGGCCCCAGUCUUCACGGAACAAAGUCUACAUGAUUUGGGUCUAUUGGGACUAAGGUCAGUUAGGAUCAGGAUAGGGUCUAUUAGAACUGGGGUGUAUUAGGAAUCGAGGGGUCAAUCAGGUCUAGGGUCAGUUAGGGCUGGGACUCAUUUGACCUUCAGACCCCAAAUGCAGGAGGGCUGAGGGCUGAGAGCAGUGGAGGUGGAACAUCUUCUGCCUCUUGAUGGAAGUUGAAAUCCACCAAGUGAACAUAUCUUCGACGCUGAUUAGCCCCAGUCAUAAUAGGCCCCAGUCAUAAUAGUCCCUAGUCAUAAUAGGCCCCAGUCAUAAUA